UGGCAGCUUCAGGUGGACCCAGAAGACGUUCCCAACUCAGGGAGACUCAGCGAUCACUCACUUGCUGUACAGAAUGAUAUUCCUCACGGCACUGCCUCUCUUCUGGAUUAUGAUUUCAGCCUCCCGAGGGGGUCACUGGGGUGCCUGGAUGCCCUCGUCCAUCUCGGCCUUCGAAGGCACUUGCGUCUCCAUCCCCUGUCGCUUUGACUUCCCGGAUGAGCUGCGGCCUGCCGUGGUGCAUGGUGUCUGGUACUUCAAUAGCCCCUACCCCAAGAACUACCCUCCGGUGGUCUUCAAGUCGCGCACCCAAGUUGUCCACGAGAGCUUCCAGGGCCGCAGCCGCCUCCUGGGGGACCUGGGCCUGCGCAACUGCACCCUCCUGCUCAGCAACGUCAGCCCCGAGCUGGGCGGGAAGUACUAUUUCCGUGGGGACCUGGGCGGCUACAACCAGUACACCUUCUCAGAGCACAGCGUCCUGGACAUCAUCAACACCCCCAACAUCGUGGUGCCCCCAGAGGUGGUGGCAGGCACGGAAGUGGAGGUCAGCUGCAUGGUGCCGGACAACUGCCCAGAGCUGCGCCCUGAGCUGAGCUGGCUGGGCCACGAGGGGCUGGGGGAGCCCGCUGUGCUGGGCCGGCUGCGAGAGGACGAGGGCACCUGGGUGCAGGUGUCGCUGCUGCACUUCGUGCCCACGAGGGAGGCCAACGGCCACCGGCUGGGCUGCCAGGCCUCCUUCCCCAACACCACCCUGCAGUUCGAAGGCUACGCCAGCCUGGACGUCAAGUACCCCCCGGUGAUUGUGGAGAUGAACUCCUCGGUGGAAGCCAUCGAGGGCUCCCACGUGAGCCUGCUCUGUGGGGCUGACAGCAACCCGCCGCCGCUGCUGACCUGGAUGCGGGACGGGACGGUGCUCCGGGAGGCCGUGGCCGAGAGCCUGCUCCUGGAGCUGGAGGAGGUGACCCCCGCCGAGGACGGCGUCUACGCCUGCCUGGCCGAGAAUGCCUACGGCCAGGACAACCGCACCGUGGGGCUCAGUGUCAUGUAUGCACCCUGGAAGCCGACGGUGAACGCGACAGUGGUGGCCGUAGAGGGGGAGACGGUCUCUAUCUUGUGCUCUACACAGAGCAACCCGGACCCUAUUCUCACCAUCUUCAAGGAGAAGCAGAUCCUGGCCACAGUCAUCUACGAGAGCGAGCUGCAGCUGGAGCUGCCGGCCGUGUCGCCCGAGGAUGAUGGAGAGUACUGGUGCGUGGCUGAGAACCAGUAUGGCCAGAGGGCCACUGCCUUCAACCUGUCUGUGGAGUUCGCUCCUGUGCUCCUCCUGGAGUCCCACUGUGCGGCAGCCCGAGACACGGUGCAGUGCCUGUGCGUGGUGAAGUCCAACCCGGAGCCAUCCGUGGCCUUUGAGCUGCCGUCGCGCAACGUGACCGUGAACGACAGCGAGCGGGAGUUCGUGUACUCGGAGCGCAGUGGCCUGGUGCUCACCAGCAUCCUUACGCUGCGGGCGCAGGCCCAGGCCCCGCCCCGUGUCAUCUGCACCGCGAGGAACCUCUAUGGCGCCAAGAGCCUGGAGCUGCCCUUCCAGGGAGCCCAUCGACUGAUGUGGGCCAAGAUCGGGCCUGUGGGCGCUGUGGUCGCCUUUGCCAUCCUGAUUGCCAUCGUCUGCUACAUUACCCAGACACGCAGGAAAAAGAACGUGACAGAGAGCCCCAGCUUCUCGGCAGGGGACAACCCUCCCGUCCUGUUCAGCAGUGACUUCCGCAUCUCUGGGGCACCAGAGAAGUACGAGAGCGAGAGGCGCCUGGGAUCUGAGAGGAGGCUGCUGGGCCUUCGGGGAGAACCCCCAGAGCUGGACCUGAGCUAUUCUCACUCGGACCUGGGGAAACGGCCCACCAAGGACAGCUACACGCUGACGGAGGAGCUAGCUGAGUAUGCUGAAAUCCGGGUCAAGUGAAGGAGCUGGGGGCAGCCCGUGUGGCUGACCCCCCCUCAGGACCCUCGCUGGCCCCCACUGGCUGCGGGCUCCCUUCCUCCCAAAAGUAGCGGGGGCUGGGGCAGGAGGGGAAUGAGACAGGUGACAGUGAGGUCCUGGGGACCUGACCUCCCCUUCCUUCCCAGCUGCCCCUCCCUGCCAGCACCCCCACGCCCUCAUUACGGCUCCUCUCUAACCACCUUUACCCUCAUCUGUCCGGAGAGGAGCUCUGUCUGUCCAUGUUAUUUAUUGCUACUUCCUGCCUGGUCUCCUGCCCCAACACCUGGCCCCGGGGCCUGUACAAAAGGGACAUGAAAUAAAUGCCCCGAAGCCAAA